GGCGGAGCGCACCGCCAUGGCGAGGGAGGAGUGCAAGGCGCUGCUGGACGCGCUCAACAAGGCGACAGCAUGCUACCACCACCUGGUGCUGACCGUCGGCAGUUCGGCGGAUUCGCAGAACCUGCGGGAGGAGCUGCAGAAGACGCGCCAGAAGGCGCAGGAGCUGGCGGUGGCCGCCCGCGCCCAGCUGACGGCCGCGCUGCGCGACCGGGGCCUGGGCGCCGAGGAGCGCGCCGAGUUCGAGCGCCUUUGGGUGGCCUUCUCCGGCUGCCUGGACCUUCUGGAAGCCGACAUGCGGCGGGCGCUGGCGCUGGGCACGGCGUUCCCGCUGCACGCGCCGCGGCGGCCGCUUGUGCACACGGGCGUGACGGGCGGUGCGGGGGGCAUAGCGGCGCGCGCCCUGAGCGUCCGCAGCCUGCGGCACGAGGCGGAGCGCGACUUCGACGUGAACGACCUGCGCGAGCUGGAGCGGGAGGUCCUUCAGGUGGGCGAGAUGAUCCACGACAUGGAGAUGAAGGUCAACGUACCCCGCUGGACGGUGCAGGCGCGGCAGGCAGCGGGCGCCGAGCUCCUAUCCAGCGCCGGCGCCUCUUCGGUGGGCGGCGUCUCCACAGAAGGGCGCAGGAGGCCCUGCGAUCUGAGCAAGGCUCUGGCCGCCACGGUUUUCAGCGCUGUGCUGCUGGUGGCUGUGGCCCUAGCUGUGUGCGUGGCGAAGCUGAGCUGACCGAGACCCGACGGCUCACCAGAGCCACCACCUCCUCUCCAGGGGCACCCCUCCAGGAAAGACCGCAACCGGGAUGGAAAGGGGAUCUGGCAUGUUUAUGGGAAGCGGUUCUAAAACCCUGUGUGUGUACGUCUACACGCGUGUUUCAAGCACACAUCUCCUUGGGGAGAACAUGGUUUCCUCUUGCUGGCCGGAGAGGAGUUAAUUUUUUGCGGGCCGCCGAGGCGUUACCGCUAAUGUAUGCAAGAGCUUUAUCCCCUAUUAAUAGAAAACCGGCCACAGUGACCCCAGAUUCCUCCGAGUUAAUGGGUUACCGCAUGUGCUGCUGGGGCGUUUCUUAGACAGGAAACAAAUUGCAAUAAGAUGUAAGCAGUUUUUAUUACCUUAAUCCUUUGGGGCCUAAGUUUAGGAGAGUAUGCAAAUAGAAGUUCAUCAAAGUGCUUUCCCUAUGGCGCGUGAUUGCGCUUUUUGGUGGAUUUUAUCCGUUAGUCACCAAAAGCGGCUAGAAGAGGUUUGGGGUCACGAUCUCCCGCGCAGGGUCUGACUCUGCCUAGGAAACCAGAGAAGGGCUGGUGAACCUGCCCUCACGGGCUUGGAUCCACUGCACACUCUUGCGCAUUGAAAUGGAGGGGUGCAAGCUUUGGAAAGAGAUACAUGCUGUUUAAACAGGCACUUUCUCCUUCGCUGGGGCUUAUUUUUGUUCCAGAACUAGAGCAGUUUUUGAUCCUCCGUUGGGGGAGGGCUGGGGAAUCCUCUUUGGUGUCCUUAAUCCUGUCUAUCCCUUGGAAUUUGCUUGCUGGCCAGUAGGAGAGCCGGCUUUGGAAGGGAGCUGCACAGCUCCCUGACCCCAACACCGCCUCCUGAGACGGUGAAGUGGCAUCACUGGCCACAGAGGUUUUGAGCCAGUUAGCCCCGAGACUGGGUUAGAAUGUAACAGCUUUAACUUGGAAUUUAAGAAGCUUUUUAAAAACAAUCAUUUGAAAGAAAAAAUCACGUAACCACAUUGUGUACUCUCAAAGCUGGUUUUUUAUGAAGGACAUUUGGUCACGAAUUCAUACUUGCCAAUAAGUCAAACAUAGAAGUCUUUACUUAUAUACUUACAUUACUAAAUAUACAUCUGCAUCUAUUUUUAAAAUCGAUCUUCUGGAAGGCAGGAGGUCAUGGCAUAACCUACUGGAACCACAGGUGUAAAUGACAGAAGUUAAGCGGCCGAUGCUUCUUUUGGUCACUAAAUAAGGAAAUGGGUCCAGGCUGGAAUUUACCAGAGAGGAGCCACCAGCUCCCACCUGUGGUCCAAAGAGAUAAUCAUUGGGGAAGUAAGGCUGAGAAAACAAAUGCAUUUAACUCUAAAGAGAAUCUGAAAUAAAAUCCAGAGACUUUGGUUUGGUUAAAAACUGACGAGGAUUUUUUUCUUUCUUUUUUACCCCCGAAGUGAGAAAGGGGACCAGGAGGAGGGACCUGGCAGUUUUUCACAAGGGCAAGUUGGAGGGCCAAGGGGCAGAGACAAAUAGCAGCAGGAGUGCUCAACCAGUCCUGAGGGCCCCACUCCCAGCCCAGCCCACUCCACUCCUCCUCAGCGCAUAGACUCCAGUACCUGUAACAGUGGAAAGGUGGGAUCUGUUUGUUUGUGUCUGUGAUCAUGGCUUUAAAGAGAGCCACAAGGUCAAAAAUUUUACAACGAUAACUAAUAAAAAGAAUUCCUUCUGCCUCAUUCAGUCUGGGUGAAUCUGAAUAGGGGCCAUGUCAAAUUCUUUUGUACCUGCUGGCCCAGGGUAACUUCAGAGAUGAUAUGGAAAGUUUUCUGACUCCUGUCUUCCUCCUCCCACACACAGCACAACAUGGCAUCUCUGUCUCCUUCCCCAAAGUCUCAUCUCUCUCAGGUGAGAGGAAGCUGAGGCGUAUGGUGACCCAGUGUUGGAAAAUAUCACUGAAAACCAAGCCCUAAAUAUAUUCUGUUUCUAAGA